CUGGCAGGGAGCCCCAGAUCCUCGUGGCCUCAGCCAGCUGUCCCAGCCCUACAUGGGAGUAGAGAUGCCCUGGACCAUUCUGCUGUUUGCAUCUGGCUCCUUGGCCAUUCCUGCACCAUCCAUCUUCCUGGUUCCCCCCUACCCAAGCAGCCAAGAUGACGCCAUCUACAUCUCGUGUACAGCCCCAGAGGACUUCCUAGGGGCCAACUUCACCCUGUUCCGAGGGAAAGAGGCAGUCCAGCUCCUGCAGGCCCCCUCAGAUCAGCCCGGCGUGACAUUCAAUGUGACUGGUGGUGGCAGUGAGGCUGCUGGGGGUGACUUCCGCUGUCAGUAUGGCGUGAUGGGUGAGCACAGCCAGCCCCAGCUGUCGGGCCUCAGCCAGUCAGUGCAGGUCUCCUUUCCAGUCCCCACCUGGAUCAUGGUGCUCUCCCUGAGCCUGGCUGGAGCUGUCCUCCUCCUCGCAGGGCUGGUGGCUGUCGCCGUGGUGGUCAGGAAAGCUAAAAUAAAAAACUUACAGAAGCAAAGAGAGCGUGACUCCUGCUGGGCUCAGAUCAACUUCACCAACACAGACAUGUCCUUUGAUAACUCUCUGUUUGCCAUCUCCACGAAAAUGACUCAGGAAGACUUGGCGGCAACCUCAGAUGCACAUCUUUGCAACUCAGAGCCUCAAAAGCGGCCCACCUCUACAUCAUCCUCUCCAGAGCUCCCUGAGUUCAGCACUUUCCGGGCCUGCCAGUGAGGCCAGGAGUGAGGACCCCUUUAUCCGGUUCUCCCCGUCCCACUGCCCAAAGCUGCAGAAGCUGGACAUCUACCCAGAGACUUGGCGUAGGGAGGGGUCAAGCCAAGGCUUUCUAAGGAGAUGGACAGGCCAGAGGAAGGGGACUCCUGGUGUGACCUUCCUCACAGAAGACAAGAAAAAUCGGCAGGGGAGCAGCCUAGAGGCUGGACGGAGAGCCAGAGCCCAUUUGUAGAUUCCCUGGAUUGUAGACCACCAGAGGUGUCGCCCCUGCAUCUGGACAUCCAGCUGGGCAUAGGAGGUCUACAUUCUGUACCUCUUUCCUCUGCUUCCCCAGCUGCACCUGACCUUCAGACUGGUGUUUAUAUUUUUAUAUGUUUUCUGUUGUUUCUAGAUAGGGUCUCACUGUGUAGCCCUGGCUGUCCUGGAACUCACUAUGUAGACCAGGCUGGCCUCAAACUCAGAGAUCCACCUGCCUGUCCCUAGAGUUCUAGGAUUAAAGGUGCAUACCACCAUGCCAGACUUUGGGGUGUUUUUGCUGUUGUUGUUUUUGAGACGGGGUUUCACUGUGUAGCCCUGUCUGUCCUGGACUCACUAUGUAGACCAGGUUGCCUGCCUCUGCCUCCCAAGUGCUAGAAUUAAAGGC